UAUUAACUGCAUAGGCUCAGUUUAUCCGUAAGUUACAAAAACACUGUUUGGUGCAAUCUGUACGGCAAAUUUAAGAACUGUUAUAUUUCAGUGAAAUUCCAGGCAAGACAAUGUAUCAGUAUCUUUCACGUAAAGUUAAAUGGUUAGUAUGGUAUACCAAAUAUAAAACGAAUAUUGGAUCCAAGAAGCAUUCAAUAACAAUGUCACUGGGUAGCUUUGAGAAGGUCAGCAAGUAGGAACUACCGAUGUCUAUAUAAGUGCUUAUGGAAAUGGUGCCAAGGCUAAUUUCGAACCACUUCAACUAAACCAGUCAGAUUCAAAUGGUCUUCGCAAUUUCGAUACAGUGUCUGAUGUUGUACUACCAUUCGACAUUUCAACUCUAACAUUACAUAGACAUGAUAGAGACGGAGCCUGUACAUCUAAAUGGUUCGUUCGCUGGAUCGAAAUCGAUAAAGGAAAACAUCAUCGAUUUCCUUUCUUCAAAUGGAUGAAACAAAAUACCUAUUCAAGUCGGAGCGACACGCUACUGCCUCAAGACGAAGGCAGUCAGUAUAAUUCAGAUAUCAGAGGAAUACAUCUUGCUAAUAAACGACUCCAGUAUGAAUUUGAACUGUACCAAGCUGAUCCAAAUGUACCUGUUAUGAUUACGAAACUGCCAAAAGAAGAAUUUUCGUGGUACUACUAUUUGACAAAUUUAGUUUUUCCUGAAAUUAAAAUGACCGUAUCUGCAGCAAUCCUUAAAAUUGGAUCUACAGAGAGGUGGCCUUCAUUUGCCAAAAUGAACAAAGCUUACAGACUGUAUUUCAAAAGACCAGCAGGCAUGGACCACUGGGACAAUGAUAUGCAUUUCGCUCAGCAGAGACUUAAUCAAUGCAACUGGUCAUUAAUAGAGCGAGUAGUCAGCAAAGAUGUUCUAGGGAAAAUGAUGACUAUUGAUGAAAAUCGGUUGAAACAGCUUAUGAAUGCUGAAAUCAGCGACAUGAUUUCUGAAAAUAGACUGUUCAUCACCAACCUCAGAUUAACAGAGGACUUAAAAAUUCCUAGUCCAGUAGUUUUAUUCCAACAGACAGCAGACUCUGGUUUUCUUCCUGUAGCUAUUCAACUGAAUCAACCUUGUGAUAAUAAAAGUAAACCCAAUACUGUAUUUUAUCCAGACGAUUCAAAUACUUGGAAGCUAGCUAAGAUGUGGGCAAAUUUAGCAGAUGCCUCGAUUUAUCUAGGAGUUGUCCAUUUAGGGCUUACUCACUUAUUGAUGGAAAGCGUCGACAUUUGUUUAAACCGACAUCUUUCUACAAGACACCCAAUAUACAAAUUGCUGGCUCCACAUUUUUACUUUAAUCUAUUGAUCAACAAUACAGCACGCGACAAGUUGUUGGGUCCUGGUGAAUACAUUGACAAAACAAUGACAAUUCAGACGGAAGGAGUUGUAUGUAUGCUUGGAAAAAAAUUGAAGGAUUGGAGAAUGGAUAUUGAUGGCACGCUACCAGCAGAUCUCAGAAAAAGAGGUCUUUUAUGCCCUGACGAAAAUGGAAAUGAAAAGGUCAACAUACCUGGGUUUUUCUUCGCAGAAGAUGGUUUGAAAAUUUACCAUGCUGUCAGAGAGUAUGUAGAUGACUAUGUUAAAUACUAUUAUACCGGGGAAGAUGACAAUGAUACAACAAAUAGAUUGUUAAAGGACAGUGAAAUACAGUCUUUUUGUAGAGUAUUAAUGAAACCGCGUGCAGCUGAGAAUGGAGGUAUCGGAAUUAAUGGUGUUCCAAGUACAGAUGGCAGAUUUAUGGAAAUUGACCAACUUACUGAUACCUUAACAUCAAUUAUAUUCAUAUGUACAGUUAUGCACGCAGCUACGAAUUUUCCACAGUAUGAUGAAUAUGGAUUCCCGCCAAAUUAUACAACAACUCUACACAAAGACCCACCUACUAAUGAUAAAAAGUUAUCUGAACAAGAUUUAUUAGAUUGUCUUCCAUCAGUCAAACAAACGUUCGACAUCAUGAAGAUAUUCACACUUCUCAGUCAAGAAACAACACUACCGCUCGGACAAUUUGAGGUUCAAUAUAUAGAAGAUCAAGGUGCACUCGAAAUUCUUGAAAAGUUUAGAGAUAACUUGCAUAGAAUUGAAGGGGAUAUUAAAAGACGCAACGACAAAAUCAUAGAAGAAAAUGAAAACAGGAGUAAGGAAAACAGGAGCAUAGUUCAUUAUCCGUAUAGUAGACUUUUACCAAAAAAUAUUCCGAAUUCAAUUGCAAUUUGAAAAAAAAUCAGUUACUUUGAUUACACAGUUAAAUCACUAUACUAUGUACUAUCGCAAAUAUAUGUGGAAUUGUAACAUGUUUUGAAUUAAUAAAAUGUUUGAUGUA